GGGUAAGGGGCGGCGCAUGGCGGUGCUAGGACACAAACUGAACAUAUUUAGAGGCAGGUAGAUGAAGUAAUGAUACAUUUUGGCUUCAUGGUGCUAGACAAGAUGAAGUCCUACGUGCUUCUCUUGGCCCUGCUGCAGGCUCUGGGAUGCUCAGGAGUCCCAGUGUACAACUCUGAGCUGGAGUCGAUGGCGAACAGGGGUCUUGGAGCAGCUCUGACUGAGGUCAACUCUGUGUACGCUGUCAGCCAUCUUUAUCGGGUGACUCGGGGCUCUGUCUCGAGGGUUAUUCCCGUUGGCCUGAACACCGCUGACCUGAUGAUGGUCUUUGGCAUCAAAGAGACGGAGUGCGCGAAGGUGUCCAGAAGUGACCCCCAGACAUGUGCCUUCAGACCUGGCUUCUUUGUGCCGACCUUGUCCUGCUCCAGUCGGGUCCGAAUGACAGCCACCACAACCCAGGUGCUGUCUCUCAGAUGUGGCCGUGACGCUUCGAGCUCCAGCUCAGAGUCCAGUGAGGAGAAGUUCUCAAGAGGGAGACAGCACUUCAACAUCCCAUUUGUAAAUAGAGACCCUGCUCCUGCACUACCCCCAACAUCUCCACCCGUCCAGCGUGGCUUCUCCCUCCAGAUGGCAGAGGAGCGGCAAAGAGGAGACACUUUCACCAACUUCCUGGUGUGAAAUCUCAGCUCAGUCUGGGAACAUUUAGGUGCUGAUCAGAAGACAAACUUGAAUUAAAGACGGAGUUUGAA